AUGGGAAAGGGCAAACGAAAGAAAACCAAUGACGAUGUCUGGGUUGACCCCGGGGUUGAACGCAUUCCGAACGGACCGCCCACCAUUCUCAUGGACGAACAUGGGAAGGAGACCAUCCAUUAUUGGUCCCCGCAUCGACGUAGGGAAAAGCGACCGACGAAGUCGAUGGAUGCCGGCAGCGCCACUCUCCCGUCACUGUACGAGUCUAUGGGGAAUGAACCUCCCCGGCCCAUGGAAGGAGAAGCAGGGUUAGAUGGUUUCCUUCCCGAGGUUGUCGCGAAUGUUGGAGUACAACCAGCUCAAAAGGCAAACCCACUACCUCAUUCCAUCACGGCCACCUUCGUCGAGCGGUGGGCGCAGAAGCUCCUCGACAUCUUCCGAAGCCGAGAGACGGACCCGGACAUAGGCACACCGUGCUAUAACAAGCCGGGGCAUGAUCCUGUUGAUCGUCCUCUACAACUGUGGGGCGCUGGAUUGUGGCCAGCAUCCUUCUCUAGGCCACAGACCGCCUUCACUGUCCAUGUGCUUGGGUUCUUCAGCCAUCUCACCUUCCAGGCGAAGACAACUGCCCACGACUUCUACGGCACUUUGCGCCGCAUAACGUCUAAUGCCUUUUUCGAGGACGUGAAGGAUCGUUACCGAGAGUUCAUGACCGCGCACCGACAGUUCAACUACGUGCAUACUCUCAAGCGGUUCGCAUUCGAUGUCAAGAAGAAGCUCGAGGCUGGCUGUCUUGCAUUGCGCUGCCCGGCAUGCCCGCACCCUGACGUCAACAUGGAUCCGAACUGGAGGGAACGCCCCGAGAAAGAUCGUUACAAGGACGCGCUUCACUAUGCGAAAGAUGGCAACUUCCACCUUAGCCAGCACGACAAGAAGAUGGAUCACGCAGACGUGCCACUGAUGGACGGCGCGGCGUACUAUGUCCAUAGCGAUGCAUACCGCGAUUAUCUGGAGAAGAUGAACGUGUACGAGGGCGCCCAAGAAGAGACGACCACCUGCAGCAACUUCAACGCGCUUUCCGACAGUUACAAGGGCAAGAUCAAGACAGGACAGGUCGGGCUGUCAUGCACUCGGCACGGGUUCGUCUUACCCUGCGGCACAGUCGACUUACACAUUGGUGAACGAUACGCGAAUGUGGACUACGCGACUCUGUCAGGCCUACAGUGGUUCCAUUCGCUUCACCUCUUGAUCAGUUCCUACGACGUCAAUUGCAAGUACGGUAUUCACUGGUGGACGCGCCUUGAGAAGAUCGCGUCCCUCGUGCCGUCAGUCCCCGGGGUGACCCUUGCCAAGGAGAUUUGGCCGGCCAUCCGACGUUGUGUACCCAAGUGGCAUCUUGCCUCGCAUAAAGGGCUGUGCCAGUGGCUCUUCUCCUUCUAUUAUACACCAGGCGUAGGUAACACGGAUGGUGAAUCCGUUGAGCGGCGUUGGGCGGUCUUGAAUGCCAUAGGUCGUUCGGUGCGCGAAAUGGGUCCCGGCCACCGGCAGGACGUCAUUGACGCGCACAAUUCUGAUUUCAAUGCCCAGAAGAUGUUCAAGAUUGCACGGCACUUGCAGGCGAAACUCAAGGAUGCGCAGACGAACUCUGCGAAGCAUAGGCUUCAACUGGAUGAUCUAGAGGCGACACAUCGACUCAAUAAGAGUCCGCUGGACGAGUGGAAGAAAGAAGAGGCUGUCUACAUUGCUCAUAUUGUUAAUGGCGACUUCGACAGCCAGAAGAUGAAGAAUCCAUACCAACCGGCAGCAGACGAAGUACCGACUGCGCAAGAUGUUCUUGCCGAACUCAAAAAGAAGGAUGCUGUCCAGCGUGAGAAGAGGUUGAAGUUGACGGGAUCCAAGCGGAAAGCAAGUGCGUUGGACGACACGGCUGCUGGCCCACCGAGGCGUCGUGGGUUAGGGGACCUGUUCGUGGCAGCGUUUGACUUGGAGAGACAACAAGAAGCUCUAAAGGAGAAGGUGCGCGAACAUAAAAAGGAGCCCUCCUCGGAGUUGUACAAUCGAAUAGAGAAGGAGCGCGAUGCCCUCGAGGGCAAGUUGAAGGAUUGGUCGAUAUGGCAAGAGCGCGAGAUGGGCGCGAUCCUCACUACGAUGGAGGAUGAGCUCGAUGAAAGCGUCUGGCCGUCCAGCACGGCGAUCAAUCCCGAGGAGGCUGCGAUGCUCGUGCCGUCUAGCUACCCCCCUGUGGUCCGCGAACAUCCUUCAUUCGAACGUUUCGUAUCCGUCGAGAGGCGGCUACGCGAGGCACACGCGCACGACAUACUACGCAAAGUGCGUCAGAAGUUGCAUUACGAAGCCUUCUACAGAUCUCAGAACGCCGGAGCCUUCGGUCAACAAGCUCGCACCAGGUACACCAAGCUUAAAGCGACGGAGAGGACAAAAAUCGAGGUGCUACGGAAGGAGUACGAGUAUGUCCGUGUCAAGGCGGCCAGCUUAGCCCCCCUGGGAGAGCCGUGCGAGUUAAAAGCAUUGUCAGAUAAGGACUGUAUGCCCCCGGUCAUCGCUGAGGAAAAGACGGGCAGAAGGAAGGAGACAGUGUCGUGGAUCUGGCGUGACAAGACGUUCCAUGGCCCGGCGCUCGAGAAGUGGGCCCUCGAAGCGGCCAGGGUGGAGUGGUGUCGCGCGAGUGCACGCGUAGCGAGAUGGGGUGAGGAGGUCGAGAUUGUCCAGGAGGAAAUGCGCCGCGUACAGAGGUUCUUCAAACACUGGAUGGAGGUAUGGGACGUGCGUGCCAAGGUGCCGUGCGCCACCUUGGCGCAGCGAGGAGCGGCGGCGUACGCAGCAAAGCAGGCAGCGAUGUAUUCGCGGCUGUUGCUCAAUGCCCGGGCGCUAUUCCCAGUCGCGGAGCAUAUACAACUGCCUACACCGCUACUGUCCCCGCUCUCAGUGAGUGUAGCGGAUGCGGUGGACAACGACGGCGAGAGGAAUGUCGUGGUACCCGCCACAGACCACUUAGACGUUGACGAGGAUGUGACGAUGCACGAUUUAUAA